GCUCAUUAGGUCCCUACCAGUGCCAUAUAAAUGCUUUAAAAACAAUUUCUGAGGCUUCCUUACAUCCCACCCCAUGUUUCCCGUCUCGGGGGUCUUCUUGCCAGCCUGCCGCAGUUUUGAGCACAGGCUCUACUUAUUGGGCGAUCUUCUGGAUUUAUAAGGAGAUACGGACAAGAAUCGGGCAGAACUAAAAGCCGUAGCUGAACGAUAGGCUUCCCUGGUGGGAGGCAGUGGGACGUGGGUCUCCAUCGCGGACUGUUUUGUUCCCCAGUCACUUUGGACUGUGUCCCCUCUUGGCACUCUGGACUGAGCAGAAGGCACCCUUGUGCCUCAGCUUGUGUUUCCAGACUAAUUAACCAUGGGCCAACCUUUGCAGAUCAAAAGUCAUAAUAACCCGAUUGGCCAUCGUGCCAAGGUUUUGCUGCUUGACUCUCCAAAGGAGAAAUGGCAUGUGUUUUUGUGGGUAUGAAUGGCAGUGGAGGAAGGACUUGAUCAGUACCAAUGCCUUCCAGAUGGCCGGGCCCUCUGCUUAGGAACCAGAAGGUCAGGGACCCCAGGACUACUCACAGCUGCCUCAUAGAGUACACAGAGAAGAACCUUAGAUUAGAAAGCAGUCUGGUGGAAAUCGGGUUCAGACCAUCAUCCCAUCCUGCACUACCUACCAUGACCUACAGAUACUCGGCCACAGGAGAAGGAAAGGAGACACUUUUCACCACUCUGGCCCGGGGAAAAUUCUUGACGAGAACUAGAGACAAUCCCAAAAGAUCAGCCGGAUGGUUUUGAUGGCCUAAAACUAAAAGCUUUGGCACAAGCAUGAUCCAUGCAGUUAGAAGUAAAACCAGGAAGAGAUGGGAAGCCGAUGGAUACAACUAAGUAAGAACACAAACUGUUCCCUCGUAGACAUGGCAGCUCUCAACAGCGCUAGGAAAGAAUGAGAAAGCCUGCAGCAGGCCCACGCUAAGAAGAUGCCACCCUGAAAACCAGCCCGCCUGCAGCUGUAUUGGGCACUUUGUUGGUCACUGGGUGGGCAGGGCUGUUUGUACCCAACAACUGUGUGCCGGCCGGCCCUUUGACCAAUGAUGCCGCUAGUCAUUGGCAGCAAUCUCCCCUCAGAGAGCUCAAAGCCAGCAGGGACCCGGGGCUGCCGGACUUUUUGUUUUGUCAAAAAACUGGAAACCUAGCCGGUGUCCUUCCACUGGGGAUGGCGGAACAAGCUAGUCGAUGAACCAAAGGAGCUCUUCCACGUGGCCCCCGAGACAGGCAGAGAAACCUACAAGUGCCCCUGUGAUUGGAUGGAAGGCCGUAGAGCCGGGGCGGCAGUUUUCCCAGUGACCACAGAAGGAACGUCGGGAGGCCUCAGAACUGGACGGUGCGGUGCCACGGUCUCAGGAAGCUCACAGAGACGGACUGGCGAUUUGGGAGGGACACUGCUUGGGCCCCCUGACACUGUGGUUGAAGUAGGAAGCACUGAAGUGACUGAAGAAAUCUUCCUGGAAUACCUGUCCUCCCUGGGGGAGUCCCUGUUCCGAGGUGAGGCCUAUAAUCUCUUUGAGCACAACUGUAACACAUUCAGCAACGAAGUGGCCCAGUUCCUGACAGGGAAGAAGAUUCCCUCCUACAUCACUGACCUUCCGUCUGAAGUCCUCUCCACGCCCUUCGGACAGGCUCUGAGGCCCCUCUUGGACUCUAUCCAGAUCCAGCCCCCUGGUGGGAACACCUUUGGCAGACCCAAUGGCCAGAGCUAACAGGCCUCGAAGGGGAGUACCUCGCCUUGCCGCCUCGACUCACCAGGGCUUUUCCUUUUUAAAAAAACAAACCCUACCAGAUUUCUAUUUUAUAAUUUUACAUCAGAGCUAACAACCAGGGGACGGCUUUUUAAAUUUCCCAGGGAAGGAGAUCAUCGGGCUGCAUGUAGGACAAUGCUGCUAAAACCAGAACAAAAUGCCAUCCCUUCUAACAGUAUUAUACUAAUUUAUUAAGGCUGUCUUGUCUGUGAGUUCACUUUUGACGCUGUUUGCUAAGCGUCCCCCACUCCGCAGAAGGGGGAGGCUGCCGAACCAGAAGACGGGGCUGCUCAGGGGCAGGCCAGGCUUCCAGGCAGGGGGAAGGGCGGCCGGGGGCCCCCAGCCACGGGGGAGGCCGGCAGGAAGGAGACAAGACGCCGUCUGUAGAGCUGGUGCCCUCAGCCUUGAUGGCCCAUCCCCGGGCAGCAGAGGGGGAGUGGGAGAGUGCUCCCGGGGCUCCAGAGAGGACGGGUGAGGCGCAACCAAGGUGGCUGGGCGCUGCGUGUCCGGUAGGAAUGCUCCCACUGUCCCCAAAGCAUCUGGGAGACACGCUUUGCUUUCUUCCCAUUCCGAGGCUGGCUUCAGGGGAGGGCGAGGGAGAGUCUGAGGGAUUCUCCAGAGCCUUUCAAGUUUCCCGCCCCUCUGAGCCCUCGUAGGCUGCACGGGCAAGUGGGAGAGACGCCACCCGCCGCCCCUCUGACCAGACGCAUGUCAGCAGCGGGGGCAGGGCUCAGAGGGCGGCUCCUCUCCCAUGCUUGGCCCAGCCGGCCGCCCAGUUUAGUACUGCCAGCGGGUCAUCGAGGGGAAACAGUGCUCAGAACGAUGCCAGCCUUGGGCCUGGCUUUGGAGACCGACCGGGGCCGGAAGGAGGGCCUUUAUUGGCUGGGACUGAGCAGGGGUCAAAGGUCAAAGGCUGGGGACCCGCCGGCCCUCCUCAGCCUCCCCCCCAGUGCUUGGAAGCGCUGCAUCUUUUGGCCCCCAGGGGAGGGAGGCGUGGUGGGGUGCAAGAAGGGUCCUCUUGGGCUCUGCCCGAGGGCCAGCUGGAAGAAUGCGGCGCGUGCCCUGGGCUUGUGAGCCUGGGUGUGGACAGAGAAGCCGGGCCCUACGUGUGGCUGGAAUCGGGUCCAGAAAUGGUUUUCUUCUCGUCUUUCGUCCUGCCCCCUCCACUGAAAAGAAAAACAAAGUCCCGGCCGACCGCUGAGCACCAUGGAGCAAAACCAGACCGGGCGUGCGGGCGGGCGUCUCCUCUGGCCCGGGGGUAGCUUGUUCCCGAGUGUCCCUUGACUUCCACGAGCUCAGGCAGAGGGCGGGUGACCCGUGCAGGCUCGGUAGGGCCCGAGGGCGGCAGAUGCGCCUCCGGUAGUGGGAGGCGGCGCGCUGGUUGCCCACGCCUUCCCCCUUCCUCAGGUGAAGCCUGUAUUCGUGCAGAGCCCCCUUGUCCCCUCAAACAAGCCAAGUUAGCAACUGGAUCUGGGAUGGAGCUGUUUGCCGGUGAUCUGUUUUCUAUGAUGCAAUAAACUUGGGUCUACCACC